UUUUAACUCUCCUCCUUACUUGCUUUCUUCUUCAUUUUUUCUGUACUUUUUUAUUCACUUGGGGUUUUGCUAUUUCUGGCAUCCAAGUGAAACCCAGUUUCUUGUUUUUUUUUUUUUCGGAAGCAAGAAAUCGACUCCAAUUUUGGAGGACCGGAGAGCUGAAAGCAAAUACGGAGGGGUUGAGAUUGGGACAGUGAUAAAAAAAUGGGUCGGGGAGCGUACAGCACCGGUUGGUUGAACCGAAAGAGUGUAAAUUUAUGAUUAUUUUCUUGCUGUAUGAGCGUGAGGAAGACAGAGACAAGGAUUUGCUGCGGUUCUUACAAGCCGAAGGGGUGAGGAGAAACGGUGUCGUAACGGGGAGAGCUGAGGAAGAGGUCAACUUUGCUUGGUGGGUGGAUUAAUGGGAUCUUCAGACAUGGCUGCUCAAGAGGAAUUUGGUAGUAGUGGAUCAAAUGGUGUUGAUUCAGCUGGCACUGGGAUCUCACCGAGUGCCGGUGGGGUCCAGUUUAAGGAUGAUCAGUUCUCUAGUGGAAACGACUUUACUCCCAAGGUGAGAAAACCGUACACAAUCAAGAAAGAGAGAGAGAGGUGGACAGAGGAAGAGCAUAAGAAGUUCCUUGAAGCUUUAAAGCUCUACGGUCGAGCGUGGCGAAAGAUAGAAGAGCAUAUUGGCACGAAGACUGCGGUUCAGAUUCGAAGCCAUGCUCAAAAAUUCUUUUCUAAGGUUGCUCGUUACCCGAAUGGUGGAAAUGCAACCUCGGAAGAGCCUAUUGACAUCCCUCCUCCGCGACCAAAAAAGAAGCCAAUGCGUCCUUAUCCCCGAAAACUUGUACACCCUCUUGAUAAAGAGACCUCAAUUGGAGAGCAGCCAACAAGGUCCCCGUCUCCAAAUUUAUCUGUUUCGGAGCAAGAAAACCAAUCUCCCACAUCAGUAUUAUCAGUUAUUGGUUCAGAUGCACUGGGUUCAACUGAUUCAAAUACACCCAGUGAUGGUUUAUCCCCCGAUUCAUCUGCUGCUGGUGUCAAUAGUGAGAACUUAAUUCAUUCUGAGCCCAACCCAUUACUUGAGGAAAGCGGAUCUCCAAUAAACAAUUGUUCACUUCCUAACAAGCAAUUAACAAUGAAGCUCGAGUUAUUUCCCACGGAUGAUGUUGAUGCUAGUGGAGGUUCAGCCAAGGAGGCAUUUGCCCGAAGCCUUAAGCUCUUCGGAAGGACUGUAUUAGUCAGAGACUCCCACAGACCGUCUUCUCGAGCUGCAGGAACUUCUCAAUCACUGCCUUCUGAUGUGCAGGAGGAGAAACCUGUGCAGACAUCGUUACCAUUUAACUUUACGGAUAUGCAAUCUGCAUCCGGGAAUGUAGAACAUGUUUGGGAUAAUUUUCCCUAUGGAGGACAUCAAGGCAUCUACAUCAUGCAAUUUCAGAAUCAAAACUCAGAUGCAGUAGAAUCUGGUACUAAUGCUUAUCCUGUACCGUGGUGGACCGUUUGUCCGCCUUUUAUUCCAUUCCAUAAGCAGCAGCAGCAGCCAGUGAAUGAACAUGUUGAUUCUAAGAAAGUUGAUGGGGAAGGUUCUUGUACCGGUUCAGAUGCCGGAUCAGCCAGUGAUGAGGAAAAUCGUGACAAAGACGAUGAGACGCAGGGCGAUCAUUAUCAACAGGUUUCUGAUAAAGACGGAGAGCCAAACUCAGUUCUUCAGUUUAAGGCGAGCGCAAACUCAGCCUUCUCGAAAAUAAGAGCAAGCACUGGAAAGUAUAGAAAAGGAUUUGUACCGUAUAAAAGGUGUAUGGCCGAGAGAGAUGCCAAGUCCUCCACAGUGGCAACUGAAGACGGGGAUGGGAAAAGAAUCUGCCCUUCGUUAUGGCGUCCUCCUGUGUUAGUCAAGACUCAAGAGGCCCUGCCCUUAUUUCACAGAACAAGUUAGGAACUUGGUCGGGUACCGUAACCGUAUAGUUGAAGACGAAUAGUUGAAGAGGACGUUUAUCAUUUUUGAGCUGCUGGUACUACAGCCUUCGUAUUGUUACUUCUAUUUUUUUUACUUGUUUGUAACUGUGAGUUUCUUACUUAUAGACUCGGUACUGUUAAUGUUAACACAAAUGAGCACAAAGUGAACAAACAAUUGUUCUCCA